GGCCGCCGUGGUGGCCUGGUGCUACUACUCGGCAUCUCUGCAUAAAGCCCAGCUCAUGAAGACAGAGCUGCUGGACCUCAACAAAGAUGGUUUCGUCAUCCGGAAUCAGGCAGGCACUAUUAUAUUCACCAUGACUUUCAGACAUGCCGGCCUCCACAUCGCCAAAUUCCUCUCGGCUUACGGUGGGGAUGGUGGAAGCCACUAGCAUGCUGCAUUUUAAGGGAAUGAGAGGAGCGGCUUUGAUUGGCGGUGACUAUCCCACAGCGGCGCAGCCCGCCCACUCUCAGAUCCACCAGCCUGUGCUCAUCUACGAUAUGACCAGCACCGGUCGAACCCGCCUCUGGCAGAGAGUUGCUCCGCCCGCCACACAAGAUUUACACUUUACACAGAAAUAGAGCCCGUACUCUACAAUGCAUAUAUCUGACACUCACAAAAGUUAAAUGUGGACCAAACUGCCCAUCAUGACACUAGGCAUGAGCAUAAUAAUCGAUUAGUUGGUUAUUGAUCUUGUCUUGCAGCAAUCAAGGCAAAAUGGAGUAUACUAUGGUGAGUCACUCUCAACUAGUUUGCUGUCCAAAGAAGACAUCAUGACGUCAGCUACAAUACAGCUAAAUUAUAAAACUACCACGUUGAAGACCUUAUAGCUUGCUGCAACAGGGACUCUCAUGUGUUUUCGAGUGACUUUAUCAACGCUCUCAAACUUGUUGACACUUUAAUUUGAAACGAUCUUAUCAUUGGAACCUGAUUGUUUUGUCCAACAACUUUUAUGCUUCAGUGUCAGUUGGAACAUUCAAAUACUCCAAUGGAAAUGCAUUGUGGUCGUCUACAUUACAACCAUGUAUUUGUAGUUCCAAAUGAGAUUCGAGUUACACUCUCCACACAUACAAGUUUAUUGAUUGAACAAGCCUGUGUGUCUGAAAUAUGUCAAUGGAUAAUGGUAACUAGACUGAACAAAUGAUUAUACCCUUAGGGAGAACACAGCUACCCUACUGUAGUCAUGGCCUUAAUUCAAAUAGUCUCUCUCGCGGCACAGAAAUGGUGCGUAACGCAUGCACCUACAGUUAUUGUGUUAAAACUAUUUUCUAUUAAGCUUAUAAUGUCACAGGUGAGCCGGUGUCUAUACCACAUGACCUAGGGCAAGAGGUGGAUUAAAAGUUCUAUCAGCUGUCUAGAAUUGUUGCUGUUUUCUUGAUUAAGCUUGAAACAAUUGAGAAACAACAUAAUAUCAGCUGUGUAGGGGAGUUGCACAGAUCUCUUCUGUGACACUUUAUCUGUUCAAUACAAUGCAGGCAUUGAAACAAUAUUCUGAAAGUUUCUCAAGGCAUUACACAUAUUUUAGGAAUACCAAUUUUCAGGGUAUAGAGACAGACAAACAACAAAUCACAUUUACACCUAUGGGCAAUUUGGAAAUCUAAAAUCUAGAAAACCCACACAACCACAGGGAGACCGUGCAAAUUCCUCACAGAAAGCCCUAGCUGAGAUUUGAAACUCAACCCUUGGAAAUGUGAGCCAGACGUGCUAACUAUUAGGGCAUGUUCAAGCUAUUGUUCAUUUAAUGUUUGCUUCAGUCUAUGACAUUUAGUGCUUAACCAGUUCUCUUGAAUGCUCUAUAGGUCCGCCACACUAGAUUUCGACUCCUGCUCCCACGAGGACAAUAUUCUCAGCUGCACUCAGUCAGAUGCUGGCAAGAUCAACUUUUUUAUCCACACGGUUCGACUGAAGGACACAGUGAUGUGUUACCGCGUACGCUGGGAGCCUCUGCAAGAUAAACGCACAGUGGAGCACGCCAUGGCUUGUAAUGGCUCUCACUGGUACGGAGGGGCAGAGUCUGCCACCCAACACUGGCCGAUCAGCGUCGAGGGUGAGCGGGAACCACAGCCUUUCAUCACCAGCGACGUCUACUCGAACCGGGAUGCUUUUGGGGGGAUUCUAGAACGCUACUGGCUCUCGUCCAACGCGGUGGCGAUCAAGAUUAAUGAUUCUGUGCCGUUUCAUUUGGGAUGGUCUGAGAAGGACAAUACGCUUCACUUCCAGGCGCGAUACCAGGAUUCUCCAUUCAGACCACCGGAGGGACAACAGGCUGCACCAGAACUCAGCUACAGAGUGUGUGUUGGCUCAGAUGUCACCUCAAUUCAUAAAUACAUGGUGCGUCGCUAUUUCCCAAAGCCUGUCAAGGUUCCUUCUGUAGAGGUGUUCAAGCACCCGGUGUGGUCGACUUGGGCUCUGUUCAAGACGUCUGUCACCCAAGAGAAGUUGCUACAGUACGCCUCCAGCAUUACCAAACAUGGCUUCACCUGCUCCCACCUGGAGCUGGACGACCGCUACACCGCCGACUAUGGCGAGUUUGACUUCGAUCCCCAGAAGUUCCCCAAUGCCAGCGGUAUGUUCGACACACUCAAAGAGGAUGGUUUUCAAGUGACACUCUGGACUCACCCAUUCAUCAACUAUGACUCCAUCAACUUUGGCGUUGCCGUUCAGAAUGAACUGUUUGUGCGCGAGCCCGGCGGUGAGCUGCCUGCUCUCGUCCGGUGGUGGAACGGUAUUGGUGGAAUCUUGGACUUUACCAACCCAAAUGCCCGCAACUGGUAUUUGGCCCAACUGAUUAAGCUCAAAGCACACUAUGGCGUGACCUCCUUUAAGUUUGACGCAGGGGAGACAAGCUAUCUUCCACAACAGUUUAGCACCAUAAUUCCACUGACGGACCCCUCCACCUUCACCAGACGCUACACAGAGAUGGCCAUACCAUUUAGCGAGCGGGCCGAGCUGAGGGUGGGCUACCAGAGUCAGAACAUCUCCUGUUUCUACAGGAUCAUAGACAGGGACUCCGUGUGGGGUUAUGAGCUCGGUCUCAAGUCCAUCAUCCCUGCAGUUCUGACCAUCAGCAUCCUGGGCUACCAGUUUGUCCUGCCUGAUAUGAUCGGAGGGAAUGCGUACCCUGACCACAUGACAGGAAGUUUAGACAACGGGAAUGACCUGCCCGACAGAGAGCUGUACAUCAGAUGGUUGGAGCUGUCGGCAUUCAUGCCUGCAAUGCAGUUUUCUAUACCGCCAUGGUACUAUGAUAAUGAAGUGGUGGAGAUAGCACAAAAGUUCACAAAACUCCACGAGACACUGGUAGCCCCAAGGGUCCUAGAGUUGGCCCAUGAGGUGCUUAACACAGGAGAUCCCAUCAUAAGGCCCCUCUGGUGGAUCGCCAACGACGAUGAAGCCGCUUAUAAGGUCGACUCCCAGUUCCUGAUUGGCGAUGACCUGAUGGUAGCUCCCGUGUUGGAACCAGGCAAGCAGGAAAGGGACAUCUACUUGCCUGCGGGAAGGUGGAGAAGCUAUAAGGGGCAACAUUUUGUUCAGGGCCCCAAGUACCUCACCGACUACCCUGUUGACCUGGAUGAGAUUGCCUACUUUACGUGGGUCCACUGAACUCAUACAAGCAUUAGGACGGCCCUCCCAUGCUCUUUGCAGUUAUAUAUUGCCAUGAACCCACAUGCCAAAUACAAGCAGCUGUUUUUAUCUAAAGGGAACAUGACUGCGCUGCCAGCAUUACGGCACUGGAAAAUAAUACUUGUACAAUUUAUUGGUAUGUUUUAAAGGAAAAUUAACAUAUUUGUUAAAAUUACUGGCAACAUUACAUACAUACAUACAGUGGUGCGUUGAGAAACGUGUGACACGACUAGUGAGUUUUUUGAGAUAUGAGCCGUCAAUUGGGCGAUUUCUUUAUGCUUUGACUUGCAGGAUAUGAGCAAUGUCUGGCGGCAGUAAACUUACUUCACAACAAGCAGCAGAUAGUGAAUCAUUCUUAAUAAAAGAGGUUUCAAGUGUUUAGUUGGCAUUCCCAGUUGAGGUUCCCUUUCAAACUUACUGUAAAAUUUGAAUCGCGGUUGCACGAUGUAGGAACCAGCCAAUCAAAAUGGACAUAAGCCUCUACUCAUAUUUGUUGCGCCACCCCCAAGCGUUAUAUAAAGUAUCAAAUAUUGUAUUUUACAUAAAUACUUAGCUAUAUUUACAAUUUUUAUAUGUGCCUGUGGAUGAAAAAGUGAAGCUUGUACGCGUGUGGUCUGUACCACGCUGGGUACGUUCAAAUGAAUGGGACAGAGCGAGAGUCUCUUUUAAUAUAUCCACACUCUCGCUUUUAUUCUUGCCCACGUCCUCUCUCUUUAGCAACCCGCUUCUUCCUUUACUAUUAAUCUAUCUUUUUACGGUUUCAGAAAUGUAAUAAAGUACAAUAUGCUGUGUGUGCAGCAUCAAAUGCUCGCGUUUCAGGGCAUCCAUAUAUCCAAUCACUCAGUGUGCGGGGUUAAGUCGGCAACUGUCAUUUUUUGGCAGUGAUUCGGUCCAAUCGGGUUUGACCGCGUUGCGCAGUGAGCAGAAGGCCUCAGGAAAGUCUGUUCGGCUCAAUGCUAACAAAUAAUGCAAGACAACAUAGAUGGAAUAACGUAUACGGUGGACCAACACGUGAACAGAUGAUCAUAGAUCAUAUAAUGCUAUUUUUCUUAGAAUUGUUGUUGUUUUUUGGGAGGUUGGAACGGAUUAAUGGCAUUUCCAUUCAUUUAUAUAGGGAAAGAUGAUUUGACAUACUAGUGUUUUGAGAUAUGAACGUGGUCACGGAAUGAGCUAAAGUAUCUCAAGGCGCCACUGUACAAAUAUUGCCAUUUAGAGCAUUGAUCUGGAGAAUAUUACAAAAAGAGACGCAAUGCAGUUUCAGAUCUAUUUGUUUGAUGGCUUGUGGCUAUCCAUCUUCCUUUGGAUCACAGUCCCAAGGUUUUCAAUGGGGUUUAAGUCUGAGGAUUGGGCUGGUCAUUUUCAAAGCAGAAGGAAGCAAGUUUUUGUUUGUGGCUUGAUUUAUCCUUCAUCGUGACUUAUUUGCCUGAUUCCACCCCAUCUGCCACUAAAUUUCACAAUAGGUGUGAAACACUGACUUGGAAUGGAAUUCUACAGGUACUGGAAUGGAAUGGCUGCCGUACGUCUAUGUCUUUUAGAUGAAGCUCAUACAUCGCACUGACCUGCACUCCUUUUGGACUGCUACAUGCAGAUCCCAGCCAAAGACUUGCCAGCCAAAUUCAAUUGUAUUGCUCCAUCCUUUCUUCGUGUGCCUUCUACAGACAGUAGUAAAGAAUCUCCAAUUGUGUUAUAGCCGCAGUCUUCCACACAGUCGCCGGAGGCUUCAUGUCUUUAUAUGCUAGUUUACUGUGCUGUAAGCUAACCGACGUGUGUCUUUAUCAUCAGUGUUGGCCACUGAACAAGUAAUAAGUAUACAAUUUGACUUAAGAUAUUCAUUGUAUCAUGUCUGUGAGGGAAAUUGUUUUGAAGAUUAAUGUGAGGGAAACAUUUGUAUUCAGUUUGAAAUUAUGGAUUAACUGUUGGUUUGCAUACAUGUUUUUCUUUUCAGAAUUUUCCAUUGCAUACAUGUGAUCUAAUUUGUGGAUGUACAGCAUAUGCACUAAAUCAAGGGUUCUCAAACAUUUUGGGUCCAGGGACCCCUUGCAGGGGAGAAAUUUUUCCAAGGAUAUCCUAAUAACCUGAACACUAAAUACACAUAAAUGCCGUGCGUUCCCCUAGAUGCCAUAUUAAUUAAAAAGUUACCUGUUUUCAAGAAAAAAAGUUACAAUGUUACAAGUACAAAUUAAUAUUUCAAAAAUAGGUGUAAUGUUUUGAGAUUAAUGUAAUCUUUACAGAAACAAAGGCCAUUUAUAGUCCAUAUAGACCAGUCCAUUUUGUCAGGAUGAAAAAUCGUAAUAUUACGAGAAUAAAGUUGUAUUUUUCUGAGAUUUAAGUCGUAAUACAGUGUUCUAUUGCAACAUUGCGGUUCUCCUAUUGUGGAUUCAAUGCAUUGCAAAUGUAUUUUUUUUCAUAUUCAUAUUGUGCAUAAUUCACUAUAUCUUAGAAAAUGAAAAAUUCAUUAAAACACAUUACAAGAAAUAAACAUUUCAGUAUUACCAUGCAUUACUGUAUGUUUAAGAGUUUAAAAGGUUUAAGAGUAUAUAUAGUAAGAAAGUGUCUCUAAGAGUUUGGUAGAGGUUAGUAGGAGUGUGCCAUGAAAAAGUUUUAAUAAUUAGAACGUACAUCAUUUGCACAGUUUAUCACUUCUUAAUCAUGUGUGUCCAGAAAUUAAGUACUUUUUUCCCCAUUGUUGGGAAGAUUAAUACGAGUCUGGGGAGGUUCAUACAGCUUUAAAAUAUGUGGAUGGAUAAAUAUUUUUUUUUUAAAUGUGGUUGCUACUUUGCGGAUUUAAUCUACAGCGGGGGUGGUCUGGAACCUAACCCUCGUGAUAAAUGAGGGAUUACUGUAUUAUGAUAUCAGUCAAAGUUUAACAAGGGAAGAAAAAGAAUGCCAUAUUUCAAUGUGAAUUUCAGAAAUACAACUUUAUUCUCCCAAUAUUACGUUUUUAUCCUUGUUCUCUAAAAAGUCGGACUAUACUCUCGGAAAAAUACUUUAUUUCUGUAAUAUGCCUUUUGUUAAAAAAAAUAAAAUAAAAAAUGUAUGGAACGCCAGAUUUAUGUGAUUACACAUCACAAUCAGAGCUUUUAAUUGGCCCAAAGCUAAAUUGAGGAGGACUAAUUGGUUUAGUAUGUUUGUUUUAUGGUCCUCACAUGUGGUACACUUUUUUAAAGUGAUACAACAGAAUUUGUUGCAAGCUGUUUUGCCGACCCCCAAGCUGAGGCUCGCGGACCCUAGUUUGAGAACCACUGCACUAAUGUUCUCGCAUCAACAUUCCUUCACCAGUGGUGCCAUUUCUUACUUUCAGAACCAGAUCUCAUCUAAUUGUAGAUUGGCAUGUUGGUAUUUUUCAAAUGAACAUGAUUGUCACCUUAGGCUCAAACUUGUUGGCACGUGCGUGAUGGCAAUGGGCAUCAUAUGAAUGUUUGUCUGCUCCUGCUGUCAUGAUGGCAACGCGCACGUCCGAAAUGCCUUUUCUUGAAAAUAGUUGCGUCAGCACUGUUUUGGCUUGUUGGUAUAUGUCCAGUUGCCAAAUAUUGUUUUGUUCUUUGCUGUUGGGUGGUCUAUAUGGUGCCAAGUCAUAAAUACUUAGAAAUAUUAUUAGUGUACCUCAAGUGAUGAGUCUCCCAAGUUUUUAGAAAUUUUAACCGUAGUAAAUAGAUUUUUUUUGUCUUGCGUUUCGUGCAAAAUUUGACAGUAGUACUCGCCGAUAUAUAUUUAUCCUCUGUGAAUAACAAUUAAUAUUACUGCAGCUGAGAUGCAACAGUCUUCUGUUUCAUUAUCGAAUCAACAUGUAUUAUAUUGCCCCCUUGUGGCCAAGGCACACACACCAGACUGAGCAGCACAAUGCCCAUUGAAUUUGUAACGAUGCACAAACUGUUCAAUUAUUUACAUUCUAUUUAUUUGUUAUUACUGUAUUUUUUGUAAAGUACAAUACUGUAGUGUUUUUUUUUUUUUAAAUACUGCAAACAUUUAGGUUUGUGUUUGUUAUGGCGUUUGAACUGAUUAUUACAUUUCCAUUUAUUUCAAUGGGGUAGAAAUUAAACUGAAGUUAAGGUACCUUUGUAUUUCUCAAUUCGAGCAGCAUAUUGAACCAGUUGUGAGCACGUCUGGUUUACAGUCACCAAGUCCCGGGCUCAAAUCCCAAAUUCUUGUGUGGAGGUUGCAUGUUCUCCCUGUGCUUGCGUUAGUUUUCGCCGGCAUUUCACGAUUCCUCCCACAUUCCCAAAACAUGCAUGUUAGGCUCAUUGAAGAUACUAAAACAUCCAUAGGUGUGUAAACCGCCUCCAGAGGCGUGCAAAGGUGCGUUGCUGGGGGGUGCUGAUAAAAAGACACCAGUUAUGUUUCUCACAAGCAAAAUUCUGGGUCGUGGGUUUGGAUGCCCACCCCCCAGGUGUAUGCCUUCGGCCACCACCCACUGUGGUAUGUCUAGGGAAAAGAAUGUUGACAAGGUGGUUAAACAAAACAAAACAAAAACAAAAAAACGAUUUUAAACUUAUAAUACUUGAAAUGUGUUUCUUUGACAUAUUUUUUUUUUUUAAUAAGAUUUUCAAUUGAGAUGAAAAUCAAAAAGUGCCAAAUGUUUAAAAUUUUCUUAUUUUACCACCGCCUGUAAGCAUAUAGUGCUUGCAGGGGAAAUAGAUGAGCAACUGGUGGUUUGUUUGAAAAGGGAAUGUGGAGGCUUCAAAACAUUUUCUGAUGUCAAUGUGCUUCUCCUUUUUUAUUAUCUGUGCUCCCCUUUGCGCUCUGUAAAUACUCAUGGGUAUAGAAAUAAACAAUAUAUUGCUCAA